AUGGAUCAGAACAGUUACGCAGCGGACGAGAGUACCGCUCUCUCUAGCUCUCGCCAGCAAACAGUCGGAGCCAGAGGGACCUCGGGUGUGCCGUCCUGGAACGCAGUCUCGGCGAACCAGAGCGGCUGCGAUAUCUUUGAGCUGUUUGAGGUUUACAGGCGAUCGGCAAACCGCUACCUAAACCAGUAUUUUGAGUGCCUGGAUCGCCUUCCAGCCUCUAGUACUGAGCUCAACGCGCAUAGCCGGUCGCAAGAAGUCUCCACCCGCGAGGGCUCCGAAGCAGAGAGGAAUGUCUGGCUCUUGAAGAUUUCGCAUGACAGCGCGGUGCGGGACCUGACAGUGCUGGACGAGAUCCUUGACAAGGCCAAGGAACAAGAGAGGCCUCCAGAGAGAACCGUCUCUCCAGGCGUAGCCGCAUGGACGUUUGCGUGCUCCAUUCUUGCCUUUACGGUGCCGCAUAAAGUAUCAUCUGCUAUUUUCAAAGUCGGUGCACUUGCUGGCGCUCUACUCUUCACAUUUCGCCUGAUUCGGAAAUCGCCGCGGGUGAGCAAGCUGGGCCCUGUUCAGCACAAGAUCCAAGGGCUGAUCCGGUCGUUUGAGGAGGGGACGAUGCGGCACCGGGAUCGGGGCUGCGAAGCCCGAAACUACGCCACCGGCGUCGGCGAUGUUCUCGCCGAGGGUCUGGACCUGAGUUCCGUUCGGCGCCGUGAUCGUGAAGUUGCUAUACUGCUCGAUGAAGCACGCAGACUCAUUGCUGAAGGCCUCAAGGGAGCUUUCGUCCCAUCUGUUCGUCAUGUUGCCGCUCGCAUCGCCACUGAGGCAAGACUGAGUAACACGGCGGCUGUGUUGCGUAGUCUGAUAUAUCUGCUCGUCGUCCAGCAGCCGUCGCUCAUCUCGCAUGUUCGGGAGAAGCACGACUAUGCGGGUAAGCAGCUUUUCGAGGACGGGAACGCCUGGGAAGCCUUAUCCAAGAUCCUUGCAGCCAUGCUCAAUGACCCGAUUUUGGACGGUGUUAUCCUGGUUGUUGAUGCCCUCGAUAAGUGCGAGCUAAGGCGCGAACAACUUCUAGAUUUUAUCAUGAAACCGUCUCGCGUCAAGUGGAUCGUGUCUAAUCGCAACUGGCAGGAUAUUAAGGAGAAACUCGGCCGUACAAAGCAGAAGGUCAGGCUUCAGCUUGAGCUGAACCAAGACUCCAUCUCCAAGGCUGUCGACAAAUACAUUGGACGCAAGGUGGAGGAGCUGGCAGGCCUCAAGAACUACGACAAGGAAACAAGGGACGCUGUUAAGUACCACUUAACCUCCGAUGCCGACGGCACCUUUCUCUGGUUGAAGUCAUUUCCACCGGGAUUUGAUCUCCUCUACAAGCGAAUGAUGGAACAAAUGUCUAAUUCGGAUGAUGCGGACAUUUGCAAGGAGAUACUGGCUAUUGCUUCGGUCGUAUACCGACCUAUCACCCGCAAGGAAUUAAAGGUUCUUAUUGAGUCGCUCGAGGGGGACGACUACAAUGACCUGCCAGAAAUCAUCAACGCUUGCGGUUCUUUCUUGACUCUUCGAGAAGGUUUCAUCUACUUUGUGCAUCAAUUAGCCAAGGAUUUCCUACUCAGCAAAGCGUUAGACCAAAUUCCACCUUUAGGCGCCGCGCACCAGCACCAUGCCAUCUUCUUGAGGGUCGUUGGGGUCGAACAAAAUUUAUAUUGGAAUGGACAAUGA